AUGGCUCUGAAAGGCACGCCCCCCCUCCCCAACAACAAUAACAGCAAUUGGACGCUCAUGUACGUCCUCCUAGGCCUAGUUCCGGUAAUAUUCACCAUAAUAGCCCUAUACGCCGUGUGGCGGGACACACGUAUGCCUCCUCGAGAUAUUGAGAUGGCAGCCCUGCCCUCGCAACGCGUGUUGCCUUGGCGGGAGGCAAUCGCGGCUUCCGAGGGACAUGGGGCUGGAACCAGGGAAUUCUCCUCGCGUCCGGAAAGCAACCGAGCCCGGAUAACGGUCACGAGACCUUUGUCUAUCGUGCCCGUUACGCCGAAUAUAGUGCGGUUCGGUGGACCGCCGGGCAUGAGCAUGUGGCAAAAGCCUAAUAGCCAUCGGGGGAAGAAUGUAAAGACGAAUGCGGCUAGGGCGACGUCGACCAAGAAGCCGCAUGGGAAAGGUGUAUUGGGAGGUAUGGAUAGAAUUUCCGAAGAACUCGAGGAGAUGUCUUUCUAA